CGCCGUACCGCCCACGAAUAAUAUUGCUCUCUGCCUUAGCAGCGCCGACUCGAAGAGCGCAUUUCUGUCGCGAGUACUCGCGACAAGUUACAGGAGCGUUGUAGCAGCGUACGAACAAACGAAAGCCGCGUCGCACUUACGUUACCUCCGACACUUGGCGUCGUUCCACCGCAACGAUCUACGGGAUAUUUUCGAUAUCACGCGGGUCGCUCGCGAACGUUGUGCCAGAGUCGUCGGCGGACGAAUCAUCGAUCAGGAGGGCCACGCAUGCGUGUGUCAUCGAUCAGCGCUCCAGAUCAGCAGCGAUUAGACCGAGCGAGGCAGUCGUAUUGCCGUCGAGGCUCAUUCGCCCGUGGACGCGGCGAGCGAGUUUAUCGGUAUUUCCAAGCAUAUGGACAUACUACAACGCCUGCCAGUCGACAAGUGGACCGCAUUGAGGGACACUCUGAGACGCGAUUGGCCGAGAUUCGCUUAUUACUAUAAUUUCGUUCACAACUCCAUCAAGUGGAAACUGAAGGAUCCCGCGGUCGACAUUGAAUUCUACUGUCCCGAUGCCAGGGCCGAUGCGGGCGUGUUCGUCAGCAAAUCAAACCACGGGCGGAAAUACGUGAUGCUGUUCUCGUUCGACGAGGCGAGAGAUCUAUUCCGGGGCGUGCUUCGCGAGACGAGCCUGAUCAGCUGGAACGAAAAGUGCGUGCUGUAUUGCGUGCACGACAACGUCAACGAGCUCUUGGACGAGUUUCUCGCCGAGGAGAAAGCCAGGGGACACAUCGCCGAGUACGAGCGCAACGUCAACUUGAGCUUUCUCAUGCCCAGGGACGAGUGUCGUAAGAUAACGGUCGAAGUGCCCAAAGGCUGCGAGCUCAGGCGCAUAGACGAGUCCCACAUCCCGUUGAUCCACUCGCUGUGGCCGCACCGGGACGUCGAUUGCCCGGAGCAGUCGCUCGCGUUUUUGACGACGAUCGGCCGCCUGAACGGGGGCUUCGGGCUGUUCUCGAAGAAGGACAACUCCGUGGCCGCGUGGAUACUGCAGUGCAACUUGGGCGGCUUGGGCAUGUUGCAGACGCUGGACGCUCACCGACGCAAGGGCUAUGGAGCGCUCGUAUCGAUGGCCAUGGCGAAGGACAUUGCCGAGCGCGACGACAUCGACGUUUCCUGCUUCAUAAUCGAUCGCAACUCAGCCUCGCAAAGACUCUUCGCGUCCCUGGGCUUCGUCCACGUGUCGUCGGCCGCGUCCUACUAUUUGAGCCCAAAGACCAUUUCAGAGCCCACGCAUAGCUGCUGCUCGAAUAAAUAGACUGACUCCUGCAUUCCCCUGUGUUCAUAUCGCUAGUCCGGCUUUUCCGCGAGGCAGCCGCCCGAGAGUCGCGCGGAAGAAAGAGAAAAGGAGAAACGGCUCCGGCUGCGCCCAAGGCAGAAAGGAAUCAGGCGCGCAUUCCGUUGCUCUGGUCCCGCAUGCAUCCCUUCGGCAAACAGCAGGCGCGCCGAUCACUGGAAAAGUCCGCGCCGAAGGACGCGGACCAACGAAUGGCGCGAGGCUUUUCCUCGAACUUGGGGCCCCGCCCAGGCGCAGGCCCGGCCAGAGACAAAGAGAAAAGCCCCAAUUCCCGAGAGAGACGGAGAGAGAGAGAGAGAGAGAGAGAGAGAGAGAGAGAGAGAGAGAGAGAGAGAGAGAGAGAGAGA